AUGAUACACGAACGUAAUGCGACAAAGCGGUCGCAUCCAGAUGAUGCAGCAUCUUUAGAAGAACAAAAAAAGCGAAAGAAGACGCUCUUUAACACGUUUGUAGGCAUCUGCUCCCGUACUGUAACAUAUGCGAAAGUUUUCCUCACGGGCACCUCAAUGGCAGACAUGGACAGUACUGCUGGCAAUACUAGUCCAUCUUUAUCUGGGGAAUCAGCGACAUAUCCUUCUGGUUCUGCCGAAGCUCAAGGAGUUGCUCACGAUCAAUCACUUGCUUCGUUCGCAACAAAUUCAGGGGGAAAUGGUCAUUUCAAAAAAGAAAAAAACAUUCAAAUUCUGAAUGCUCAUAGAAAAAUGGAUCCUAUUACCAAGCAGCAUCUCUUCCAUCCAAGCAUGCAUGGUUCCGCCGCUAGUGGAUUCCACGAAUUGUCUCCUCAGAGUUUUCGCGCUUCUCGCCUACAAUAUAUCCCUCGUCCUCAUCAAUCUUCUAGACGCUUGUCGACUACUGAUCGACUAAAGCUGGCUGUAUCCCAAGAAACAGCUGAGGGCAUGGUUCCUUCUGGCCAUAGCCCGUUUCGACGAAACGAGACUGAAGGGUUAGGAACCUCGCGUGAACCGUCCUCUAGUCUUAAUUCCAAAAUUUACCCCUCUCUGCAUCCUGCCGGUCCCAAACAAGGAAACGUGUCAAAACUUCAUGAAUCCAAAUUUGUCACUCCUUCUUCACAGAUUCAUGAUUCAAAAAUGCGAAUCCGCUCUUCUCAUUUACCUUUUACCGCUACGAUGAAAAGGUCCAUCGACAAAAAUUUAACGCCUUGGCGCCCUCCUCCGCGUCUUGUAUCGACAGAGCAGCAUCCCCAUCCUUCGGGCUUUCCUUUGUCAUCAGACCUAGAUAAUGAAAAUUCUCUUUUGCAACUUAUUCGUAAACUUAAGGAGAAGCAGACCGAAGCGUUUCAUGAUUGGAACGAAGUUGAUUUCUUACAAUUAAAAGGCCUUCACGUUACUCCUCCUCCUGUUCGUCCGAAAUUUGUUUCUCUAUUAGAAUUUCCCGAAGAAGCAAAGAAACGGGCUUUACAUCUCUUAAAUGACAAUGAUCUUCCACGCUCGUCCUACACUGAGCCUAUAAUCACCAAAUAUAAUAUUCCAAUAAUGAUACGAGAUCUUCGUACCUUAAAAAAUAGGCAAUGGUUAAAUGACGAGGUUAUAAAUUUCUAUAUGAACUUACUAUCAGAUCGCUCUCGCUCCGAUUCUUCUUUACCUCGGGUUCAUGUAUAUAAUACUUUUUUUUACACGACACUACAGAGGAAAGGAUACGCCGGCGUCCGACGGUGGGCCAGAAAGGCCUCCAUGAAAAUUGCGGAUUUUGAUUGUGUAUUGGUUCCUGUUCAUCUGGACGUCCAUUGGUGCAUGGCUGCAAUUAAUAAAAAGAAAAAAAGAUUCGAAUACUGGGACUCGCUGGCCGGAAGUCCUGGUAAAGUCUUUGACCUACUAAAAGAAUACUACGUUGCUGAAACGAAAGGAUCUGUUGAUAUUACGGACUGGGAAAACUAUGUUGAUCACAAUUCGCCAAAGCAGCAGAAUGGGUAUGAUUGUGGUGUCUUUGCCUGUAAGACAGCAGAAUGUCUUGCCAGAGAGGUUCCAUUACAGUUUUCUCAGAGAAAUAUGCCAGAAUUAAGGUUAAGAAUGGCAGCUAGUAUAAUUGACGCUCGGAUAUACUAA